CCGAAGCAAAACUCAUUUCUUAUUUCUACGAGGGUUUAUUUCUGAGAGACUCGCCUGUGAUUAUUUAAGUGCCAACAAGAAAAGGCAGCCUUGCUUCCUCUCCCUCACUGAAACCUCAGAACCCUAGCUCGACAGCGAUUCAAGCCCGUUCCUAACCCAAGGCGCCGAAAUUAACUGAGGCCAUGUCGCUGUACGACGGCGGGCUCGCCGGAGUGUACCCCGAGGAGGAGGAUGACCGCCUCGCCGACCUGGCGGGGGACUCCGACUACGACGACGACGAGUACGUCCAAUCUAUUAGCAAGGCGUCAGAAGAUACAUCUGCGAUGGAUGUCCUGAAAGGGAAGGACAUACAGGGAAUUCCCUGGGAACGGCUGACCAUCACAAGGGACGGAUAUAGGAAGUCAAGACUGGAAGGGUAUACGAACUUUGAGAACAUACCUAAUUCGGGACAAUUAUCGGAGAAGGUAUGUACACCUGUGGAGAAAGGUCAACUCUACUACGAGUUUGCGCAUAACACAAGAUCGGUGAGACCGACCAUUUUUCAUUUUCAGUUGAGAAAUUUAGUAUGGGCAACAACAAGGCAUGAUGUUUAUCUUAUGUCACACAUGUCUGUGCUUCAUUGGUCACCACUGACCUCUGAGAAGCAUGAGGUCAUUGAUCUUCAAGGACAUGUUGCUCCAUGUGAGAAGCACGAGGGGAAUUUCUAUGAGGGCUUUUAUCGGACUCACGUUAGCACAUUGGCAGUCAAGAACAACCUGCUGGUUGCUGGUGGCUUUCAUGGAGAACUAAUUUGCAAAUUUUUGGACCGUGAAGGAAUAAGCUAUUGUUCCAAGUCAACUCAUGAUGACAAUGGCAUUACUAAUUGUCUGGAGAUAUUUGAGAAACCUAGUGGUUCCGUGCAUUUCCUAGCAUCCAACAAUGAUUGUGGACUAAGAGACUUUGACAUGGAGAAGUUUCAAAUGUGCAAUAAUUUUCAUUUCGAUUGGGCUGUGAAUCACACAUCCUUGAGCCCUGAUGGUAAAAUCAUUGCUGUUGUGGGGGACAAUCCUGACGGUGUUCUGGUUGAUGCUAAUUCGGGGAAAAUGAUUCACGAGCUCAGUGGUCAUUUGGAUUAUUCGUUUGCAUCGGCAUGGAACCCAGACGGCCGGACAUUCGCAACUGGGAACCAAGACAAGACAUGCAGGAUCUGGGACGCCCGUAACCUCUCCAAGUCUGUCGCUGUCCUGGGAGGCAACAUGGGAGCCAUAAGGUCCAUCCGCUAUACAUCUGACGGCAAGUUCCUGGCAAUGGCUGAAGCUGCAGACUUCAUCCACAUCUUUGACGUCGGGAGUGGGUACGACAGGAAGCAGGAGCUGGACUUCUUUGGUGAGAUUGCCGGCAUAUCGUUCAGUCCUGACACUGAGGCUCUCUUUGUCAGCGUACAUGAUCGCAACUAUAGCAGCCUCCUCCAGUUCAGUCGUCGACGGUUUUACAGCUACCUUGAUUCAGCUUUGUGAAUAGCUAAGUGGUUGAGGUCUGCAAGAACAAGAUCGUAAGUUGUAGAAAGGAUGUACAUAUCUGUAGGUCUUGCCCUGCGCCCUGACUAAACCAAAGCUCAGCUACAAAGGUGUGGUUGCGCUGAACAAACUGACUGCCUGUUGUUAUAAGUGGUGUCAUUACCCAUA